AUGGAGUUCCCUCAAUUGAGAGCAUGGCUGCGUUUAACAGAUGAGCAAAGUGAAGUCUCAAUUUACGACAUAAAGUUCUACCCAUAUUCCGAGCCGGAUGAAGAUCCCGUCUUUGCCGCCGUGGCAGAAAGAGAAAUUUACAUAUGCAAGCCCGUCUGCAAGUCCAAGACAUCAAAGACUAACGGUCUCGAGAUUUUGACCGUGCUUGAAGAUCCCGACGAGGACAUCUCUCUCAACAGUGUUGCGUGGUCGAAGGAUAGCAGAACUGGGGAGCCGCUGGUCUGUGUCGCCGGGUCUGGAUCGAACAACAUCAAAAUCUUGAAUGUGGUCACAGGAAACUUGGCCCGAGUUCUCUAUGGACACGGCGGUGCUGUCAACGACUUGGUUACAUCACCAGUCUCACCAAACAUCAUAGCAUCGUGCUCUAGUGACUACACGAUACGAAUCUGGAAUCUGGAUCGCAAAUAUGACAAACAGCCGUGUGCAGCAAUCUUGUCAGGAGAAGGCCAUAGGCAGACCAUUCUCUCUAUAGAUUUCCACGACAAUGGUAGGUGGCUGUUGAGCGGCGGACAGGAUACCAUGGUCUGCCUGUGGAGCGUUCCAGAGAUCCCCGACGAAAACGCCGGAACAGACAGACCGACGGCAGUGGUUUUCCCGCACUUCGCCAGUAUCAACAUGCAUUCGGACUACGUAGACUGUGUCAGAUUCUUGGGAGAUCUCGUUAUAUCCAGAGCAUCUACGGGAAAUAACAUCCACGUCAAGCGAGGAGACAUAAUGCUCUGGAAAAUUGAGGGCUUUUCUUCGGCCGACAUGAAUCCACCAGAAGCCCCGAUGCCCGGUUGUGGACGACCGACACGUUCAGCCUUCGGUGGCACUUUCCAACGACUGCUGACCUUCGACAUGAUGAGCGUAGAGCCAUUCUACAUGCGCUUCGGUCUAUUGAAAAAACAUGGUCACCGUCCUAUGCUCGUCAUGGGUAACAUCAAGGCGCGCUUCUCCUUCUGGGACCUCCAGAGAUUUGAAGAGCGUCGACCUGCCAAAAAGAAACUAAAAGCUGUUGUUAAGAGCAACAAGCGGGACAAGGAUCUUGCUAGACAGGUCCUAAUAAACAACGCGAUGCGAGCCAGUAGUGACGCAAGCAGCUUGGUGACAAUAGCCAGUCGUAAAUCAGAGCUCAUCAGUCGUCGUAUGAGCAUUCGCUCCAAGGUUCGCGCUUCUCGGACUCUUCCCACUCCUGUAUCAGCGCUCGGUUCAACACCUGUGUUGACUCCAACCUCAAUCACCAAGGCUCCAGUAGCGCCUUCUGAAGCUUCAGGACCGCCUCCCAAGGCUCCUAUCCCACCCAAUAAAGCCCCGAUACCGCCUUCUAAGGAUUCAAAGCCGCCCUUUAAAUAUCCAAAACCGCAGUCUAAAGACCCAAAGCCGCCGUCCAAAGACUCAAAAUCGCAGUCUAAAGGCCCAACCCCCGUCUACAAACGCGUACCCCCGAAAGUCAAUAUAAACACUCGCACCAGCAAGAAUUACAUCAGGCACGCCGCUCAUAAGAUGAUCGUCGUCAACUGUCCUAUCGAUUUUGCGUGCAGAGCUAUUGAUUGGAGUCAUGAUGGAAAGUGGUGCGUUGGGGUUGGUGAUCGUGGUAUGAUUGCAAUAUUCGGUCGCGAGAAGACCAAAUGA